AUGAGUACUGCCAGACCAUUCAGGAUUUGGAGUUAUGACAGAAGUGUGAAGAAGGGGAUCAUUGCUUCUUCCUUGCAUGAACUUGUUCAGAAAGGUAGAGAGAAGGUAGGAAUACUACCUGAGGAAACAGUGAGAGUUGUACUUGAGGAAGACGGUACAGAGAUUGAUGAUGAUGAUUACUUUCUGUUCCUCCCACAUAAUACAACGCUGAUGCUCCUUACUAGGGAUCAAAGUUGGGCAGUGGAGGGGAAAGAAAAUCGGUCAGGACUGGAUGAGCCAGAUUUUAUGAUUGGUGGCGAAGGACAGCAGAUUUCUGAAAGAACAAUAGAGCUGAUCACUGGUCUACAAAAGGACAUAACUCGUCUUAUAGCCUUUUCUAACGAGGAUUUACAGGGUGUAAUCGACCUCAGUGUUCCAGCACUAGCCAACCUCCUUCAUGACACUGAAAGUUAUGCAGAAGCUGUACAGGAAGCUUGUCAACGCCACCUAGAUGAGAGAAUGCAGACCUCUGAGGCCAUGGACCUGUUGCGAUUGUAUCACACGUCGAGACAAAACAGUAAUCUGAUAAUAGGAGAAGAAUCGUCCACUAAGCGACAGAAGUCUGCUAACACAUGAUCUGUAUAGUGUGAGAUUUACAGUGCCUUCUAAGCAGUGCAAUUUCUUCAUGUAGUUGUAUGUUUUACAGUAACAUUCCUCCAUCACAAUGCUUGUCUUUGUAUAUGUGUCUGAGACUCACAAAACCUAUAGGUUAUCAAUAUGUAAAGAAUUAAAUAUAGGCAGCACUUAUGAGAAGAUCACCUAUGUAGCAGAGCUUGUUAUUACUUUGUGGCAGUACCUGUACCUGUACAGGCAGAACUCUGAUCAUACAUAUAUUUGAACAUUUUCUUCAGGUUGGUAAUGUCAAUAGAAUAGAAGUUCUAAUAAAACAACCAGUAGAAGUAAGAAUGUGACGUUAAGAUGAUUACAAGGUCACCUUCAUCAGACAAAUGAUUUGGCAUUUCUCCGAUGAAGUUGACAGUAUAGUCAUCAAAUUGUCACACUCCAACGUCUACUGUUUGUGUUAUAAGAUGAAGGUGACCGUGUAGUCAUCAAAUUGUCACACUCCAACGUCAACUGGUUGUGUUAUAAGAUGAAGCUGACAGUGUAGUCAUCAAAUUGUCACACUCCAACGUCAACUGGUUGUGUUAUAAGAUGAAGGUGACCGUGUAGUCAUCAAAUUGUCACACUCCAACGUCAACUGGUUGUGUUAUAAGAUGAAGGUGACCGUGUAGUCAUCAAAUUGUCACACUCCAACGUCAACUGGUUGUGUUAUAAGAUGAAGGUGACCGUGUAGUCAUCAAAUUGUCACACUCCAACGUCUACUGGUUGUGUUAUAAGAUGAAGGUGACAGUGUAGUCAUCAAAUUGUCACACUCCAACGUCUACUGGUUGUGUUAUAAGAUGAAGGUGACAGUGUAGUCAUCAAAUUGUCACACUCCAACGUCUACUGGUUGUGUUAUAAGAUGAAGGUGACAGUGUAGUCAUCAAAUUGUCACACUUCUACUGAUUGUGCCAUAAGGACUUCUAAUCUAUCAUGAUCAUACCUGUGGCAGACUUGUGAUCAUCCAUUAUAAUUAACAGUGCGAUAAAUAUCAGUAUCACUUGAGCAAUUAUCAGUUACUUCUGGCAGAGGUCCUGUUCAAUUUUGUGGCAACAUUAAAGUCCUGAAGAGUUGUUUUGUGGCAUUCACAGUUGCCUAUGGCAGCUGUCCUGAUCUGUUGUUUGGUGGCAUUCAUAGUUGCCUAUGGUAGCUGGCCUGAUCUAUUGUUUGGUGGUUUUCAUAGUUGCCUAUGGCAACAGUCCUGAUCUGUUGUUUGGUGGUUUUCAUAGUUGCCUAUGACCGCUGUCCUGAUCUGUUGUUUGGUGGCAUUCAUACUUGUCUAUAGCAGCUGUCCUGAUCUGCUGUUUGGUGGCAUUCAUACUUGUCUAUAGCAGCUGUCCUGAUCUGCUGUUUGGUGGCAUUCAUACUUGUCUAUAGCAGCUGUCCUGAUCUGCUGUUUGGUGGCAUUCAUACUUGCCAAUGGCAGCUGUCCUGAUCUGUUGUUUGCCUGUUUAGCAGCAGACACAAUUUGCUUGUAAGGCAGCUUUAACAAGAACAGGCAUUUCAGAAAUAUUCAAGUGUUAAAAUAUAAAAUUUGCUUUACUCUUUUGAUUUACAGCAUGUAGUCUGUAUAGCUUGCAGAUUACUAUAAUUACUUUAAAGAUUGUGUGAAUGAGUAAGAGAUGAUAUGUAAGGUUAUGAUUUAAAACAUGAGAACUUCCACUGUUCUUUGUGUUUCUAUACAGUGUGAUAGAUAUGUGGCGAAAUUACUCUUUUUAUCUAGAAAGGAUGUGUUAGUCUAAACUCUCUGUGCAGGAAACCUGGAAAUCUUUGUUUACAAAAAAAAAAUUCCUUUAUUCAGAAAGUAGAGGAAUUAUUUUGUUGAUAGGUAAAAGACUUACUUGUGACAGUAAUAAUUCUAAACAUUCCACUGAAGGCUGGAUGAUCUCUUGAGAAUUACUGUAUUGUUAGUACAAUACUUAGACAAGCAUAUACCACAUCAAAUUUAUUCAUGAUGUGCUUUGCUAAUUUGCAACAUUUUAAUGAGUUAAAAAUUGUUCAUUAUAAGUUUCACUUUUUUGGGGAAAAUUAAUUUCAAUUAUCAAUAGAAGAAAUUAAAAAGUGAAUAUGAUAAUUGAAGUAAUUGUUCUAUCCAAGCUUAAUUAUAUGCGUCUGAAAUAUAUUACUAAUAAUGCCUAAUUAUUUUCAACCUCCUGGAGCAGUGGUCUUAUUGAUUCUGAAUUUAGGUUGAUAUUUUGAUAUCAGUCUGAUGUCUGUGAAAGUCAUGAUAAUUCAGACUAUCCUUUAUUGAGUGGGUAUGUUUUCUCCGAGUUACUUUAUAUUAAGCAGUUGAUGAUAGAUGAUCACACUUGAGCAGUAAUUCAGAGUCAAUGCAGUUGUAAUACAUUAUCUUGUACUGCCAUCUGAGUACAAGACAUUAUAGGUACAAUGUAUUGUAGUUUGGCUUUGUUUACACAAACAUGUAUGCGUGUUAUUAUUGUAAAGUUUUUACAUUUUAUAAUAAAAUUCAUAAAGAUUAAGA